UUAAUAAAAUUUGAAUAAAUUCAAAAUACUUGUCAAAAAGAAAUGUGUGGAUCACCUAGAAAAAGAAAACACGAAGCCCACAAAACAGACACUUGUUCUCCACUGCGUGUACUUCUAAACAUGCCUGUGUGUGAACAGCUGACGACAGGACGGUUCUGAUGAAAGGGAACAAACCAUGCGAAGGCUACGUCGGGAUCGUCCACAAUGGCGAACUGGGCUACGUUGGGGUGGAUCUUUGGGACGACAAUGUCUCCAAAGUGGUGUGCAGCAGUAUUCAAUGCGGGAACGUUUUAAAAAGCUUCCGUACGACUAAUCCGAAGCCCGAAGAAAUUGAAAAAUCCUGGAUCAACGAGGUGAAGUGCACAGGAAAAGAGGCCCAGCUGUGGCAUUGCAGGUUUCCAGGCUUCGGCGUCAGCCAAACCCGAGACGACGCUCUCCAAUACAUCGAAUGUUCACAUAAAAUCGAAAUAGGCCUGGAGGGAUUCCAAUGCGCAGGAGCUGUCCAGUACUCCGUUGAUGGAGGGAAAAAGUAUUCGGGUUACAUCUGUGCUGACGGCUGGAAAAAAGAAUACGCCGACGUUUUGUGCAAAACCCUCAAAUGUGGCACAGCCAAGGAGGUUGUUAAUGAGCAAUGGAUGGGUUGGAAGGCAUUCCAAGAAAAAAAAAAGAUGAUGGUUGAUUGUUGGGGCAUUGGAAAUUUCUCUCAUCUGUGGCAGUGUGCUACAAAGGAAAGUUUAUCGUGCCAGAAGCCUGCUUCUGUCAUUUGCACAGGUCAUGAGAGAGUGCAACUCCGAGGAAACAAAGCUAAUGUCUGUUCCGGGAAACUGGUAAAAGAGGAGAGUGGCCAAUGGACCAUGUUUCAAAACAACAUAACCGACGCAGAUAAGUGGUGCCAGCAAAUGAACUGCGGCACAAGCAGCGUCCUCAAUGGCACAGAUCUGACAUGUUCAGACAAUGUUAAAGUGGUUCUGGUGGAUAAUAAUAAUAAUAUUAAUAAGUGCUAUGGAACAGUGGCUGUUCAAGUGAAUGAUAAAAGUCAUUACGUGUGCGGGUCCUCUUGGAACAUAAAGGACGCUGAAGUGGUUUGCCAGGAGCUAGGCUGUGGGAAGGUGCAUCAGAGCAAGACUGUGCAGGGUAACACAAAGGGAAUAAUGGACAAUGUGCGGUGCUCAGGCAACGAAGCCUCACUGUGGCACUGUAGAGCCAAGUGGGACCGCAACACUUUUUUAUGUCCUUCUCAAGCCUACGUAGUCUGUACAGGUAGUGUAGAAGUGAAAUUGAGGGGUGGUCCUGGAAGAUGUUCCGGGAGAGUGGAGAUCCAGCAUGAGGGAAAAUGGAAAAGGGUCAUCAAACAAGUAUGGACAGAUGAAAACUUUGAUGCAUUGUGCAAACUAUUGGCCUGUGGGAAUAAAAGAAACAUUCUGGAAGACUUUAGCCAGGGUUCGGCUGAAUUUCUGAAUGGUACUCUGCAAUGUAAGAAAAACGUCAAACACAUAUCGGAGUGUAUUGAAGAAGCCCCAAACACGAGAAUUGAGAAGAAGGCGAUGGCAAUAACCUGUGAGGAGCACAAGGUGGUUUUUCUGAAGGGAAAUGAGUCCUGUUCUGGCUUGGUCGGGAUAGAGCAAGACCCCAAAACCUACUGGCUCUCAGGCUCUAACGAGACAUGGAACAUGGAGUCUGCAAACAUUGUCUGUCAGCAAAUGCACUGUGAGAAAGCCUCAAACUUUACACAUAUCAACAUCUCUGAUGCAGCUGUGAGGAAAUCCAUCUGGAAGGAAUCUUACAACUGCUCAUUCAACAACACAUCCCUGUUUGACUGUCAAAAAAACCUAAUCCCGUCAUCUGACCACGAAGACACGAUUGCCACUGUGACAUGCACGGGAAAAGUGACAGUAAACCUGACCCAAAGGUGUUGGGGCAAUGUCAACGUUUGUUUGGGGAAUAAGUGCGGAGGGGUGUGUUCCAAGGGAUUGGCAACGCAAAAAGCGGCUAUGCUGUGUAAAGACCUGGGCUGUGGGAACAUAGUCCUUGAGGCCACCACCAAGCCUGAUGAAAGACAUGUGAUGAUCAUCGAAAGUGUGCACUCAACGAGCGAGACUACCAACCUGACCCAGUGCAACUUCGUCACAAAUGAUGAAAAUGACUCCACUUGUAAACGUAAUCCAGCCUAUGUUAUCUGUUCAGGUAGCAUAGAAACCAAAUUCAGUGAUUUAAAGGAUCAUUGUUCUGGACGUGUGGAGAUGAAGUAUGAAGGCAAGUGGAUGCCAGUUUGCGCCGAUGCUCUUAAAGAGAAAAACGUACAACACACCAUUUGUGGAGAGCUGAAAUGUGGUCAAGCCUCCAAACUUAUCGACUACUUUGGACCGAAGGCAGUAGCGCGUUCCUCCAUUUCACAAAUAAACUGUACUGCAGAUGGCCACAAGUCAUUAGCAGCAUGUAAUAUGACGUCUCAACAUAGCACCUGCAAUCCUGGUGUCUUGGAAUGUUCCGGCUGGAGCAAGAUUGCGCUGACUGUUCACAAGGCCUGUAGCGGAGCUGCGAUUGUUCUUUCUAAGGGGGAAAGGAUGGCCAUUUCCUUCGAUAACUGGACAAAAGAAAUGGGAGAAAUGCUUUGUAAGCAUCUGGAAUGUGGCCAAUUGAAUCAACAAAACAAAACCCAAUCUUCUUUGAAAUCUUUAUCUUUCAACUGUGCAACUGGAGAAAAUUCAAAAAGCAUCUGGGACUGUGAAAGAAAAGUGAACAACAGCCAAACGGAGCAGUUGUUUAUUGAAUGUACAGAUGAACCCCAAAUCACCCUUUCAAAGGGAUGUUACGGUGAAGUGAAGAUCGACAACUCUGAGGUGUGCGAUACAAUCUGGAAACCGAGCUACUCAGAUCGGGUUUGCAGCGAGCAGAAUUGUGGAGGAAAAGCCAUCUAUUCCCCCAACAAUGGAACGCCUACAUCAAAUAACGAGUACUACCAUGUGCGUUGUGAUGAACACCAUUAUCAACUUGGCCAGUGCAAGAGAUUCAAAGAAAAGUGUAAAGGAAAACCAGUGUCUGUUUACUGUGUCGGCAAUGUGAAGUUCAAGACCACAGAAAAAUGUGGCGGUCAGAUUUUAGUCCAAUAUCGAGACAAGUGGGAAAAUGUGUGUUACGAGAAGCCUGAUGACUCAAAAAAGAAGACUUAUUACUUAGGAAACCUGUGUCCAGAGAUAGCUUGCAGUGGCUAUCCGACGCUGAUCAAAGACGACAACGACCAGGACACAUCAGGUUUGGAAACCACACUGCAGUGCACCGGCGAGGAGAAGGACAUCAAGUACUGCCUCCGCAACAACAACCAGCAAUGUGAGAGUAGAAAACCUGCUGUGAUCACCUGCAAUGAGUAUAAGCCCCGAAAAGUCGAACAACCCCCAGACCUGACCCCUGCAUGGCCUACGAUACUGGCGGUGGGAUUCGCUCUGGCUAUGGUGAUAUUCAUUGGCGUGUUCCUACGAAUCUGCAUAGUCAGAAGAGCCAAGAAAGGCAAGAAUGUCUCACCUGGAAAGCUGGAAGAAGAUGGGUUUGAAAGUGGCCACUUUGAAGAAGUGAUGAGCAAAUCAAAUGAAAUGGAGGAACUGAAUCACACCAGAUUCCGAUCCAAGACCGAAGCCAAGGACGAGGGCAGCGUUUCCUCGUUCGCGUACGACGACAUCGACGAGGUGGCCGCGGCUCUGCCGCUGACCUCGCGGAACGACACUGCAGGGGCCUCAGGCGACUCCAUUCAAAAUGGCACAACAUUGGAGGUGGACGACCAGGAGGAGAGCUAUGACGACAUCGAGGCCUGCUAUGAAAUCACUGAGACUGAAGCCGAAAUCCAUGACGCCACCCCAACCCCACCCGAGGGCGACGCAGCGGGGUCAGAGCUAGGGGGUGACAACAACCUGGUGCCAAGGCGGGUGAGCCAAAGCUGAGUUUGGCUAAACAAAGCGGAUCUCCCCGAAAAACCCAGCUUCCACAAACUUUGACACAAAACUAAAAAAAUCUAAAAAGUCCAAACUACAGACAAUAUUAUAGGACAGUCAUGAUUGAAGAGGUUCAAAAUAACUUCGAAAUAAUAUAAAGAUGAUAUUUGUAGAAAUGGAAAUCUAUAUGGAGAUUAACAAAAGUCAAUCUUACUCCAAAAAUCUGAUAAUUCCAAAUAAGACAAAAUGACAUGGAUUAUUAAAAUAUAAAGGAGGAGGAGUCUUUUUUGUAAACACAGAAAAUGAAAUCUGAUCAAAAUGUGUUAUCAAUCAUCAAGUGGUGGACUGUCCUCCAAUAACAGCUGAGAACGAAGGGGCCUCCUCUUCAAAUGAACAAGAUGAAAGUGACGCAUACUUAGAGCCUAAGCUUAGCCAAAAUUAGAGCUUAUGGGGUUUUUCUGCCUUUUUUUUGUGUGUGCUUUGUGUGUGCUUUAGGAGAAUUUCCUGAUAUGUUUGUUAAAUUUGAUUGAUAUGCAGAAGUUGCUGUUGAACAAAACCUUGAUGAUUCAAACAAUAUGUCUUGAUUCAUGUUUUGCAGUAGUUUGUACAUUUGAUUGCUAUAAAAACACAUGUUCUCUAUAGUAUUAGAGAAAUACGUAAAAGAUGUAUAAUAUACUCAUACAGUAAACUCAUGUAACAACAUGGCUGCAUUGUAUAUUUCUGUGUAAGAUAUAAGUUGUAAGAAUGUAUGACAUUGACAUUUUAAAUAAUACCUGCUGAGAGUUUGAUGACAGCGUCUAUACGGUGAAUACAAAGCUACAGCCAGCAGCUGGUUGGCUUAGCAUUGCAUGAAGACUAAAAACAGCUCUCCUGGGUGCGUCCAAAUGUCACAAAAGCCACUUGACAGUCAGGCUUCACACAAAAGGCCAACUGAAAUUCAUAAAAAGUACACUGAAAUUAUUUGAGCUAUGCCAAUAAGAAUUAUAAGAAAAGUGCAAGCACAUAGUUUUUAAUUAACAUUUGAAUAUUUGACAGAGAGCAAAGAUUUUAUUUUUUUAUGUUUUUUUAAUUCACCAUCUGGCAAGCCCAAAAAUCUAAUUUCACAAAUAUCAGUUAUAAAUUUAACGACAUUUGCAUGUUCAAAUGUGUUUAAGUCAGCCUCACAGUGGCUGCAGUUUUCUCUUAUAGACACAAUAGUGGUGUCGACAUUCUUAGAAAACGUGAAUGUAAUGUUUAGUUACCCGUGAACGUCUUCUUUCAUUGUUUAGCUGACUUUAACAACAAUGUGCACGGAUAAAUUAUGUGUCGUAUUUCUUUCAUAAUUGUUCAUUCGUGUAAAAUGACUGUGCAUCCCUCUACUUUAUGUUAAACGGGUCCCUUUUGUGGCUAGCUGUGAUCCGCCUGUGCAUCUUGAGGCGAUGCUCCGUUGUGUAAGCCUCGUGUUAACAGCAGCUUUGUGCAGCACAACAUUAAACUGUUUG